UCUCUUACUAACAAUGACACAUUAUGAUAAUAAAAUUAUUCAAUUCUCAAUUAUCAAAUCUCAACACAAAUUUUCAAAAAUAUCAAAGUCUCAAUCUUUACUCCCACCUACAAAAACCCAACUCAACCAUCACUCACUCACCGCCCUUCUCUCUCUAGCUAGCUUCAGACCCACCAUCAACCAUCUCUAAAAAUGAGAGAAAUUCUCCAUAUUCAAGCUGGUCAAUGUGGUAACCAAAUCGGUGGCAAGUUUUGGGAAGUUGUGUGUGAUGAACAUGGCAUUGAUCCGACAGGGAAGUAUGUCGGGGACUCGAGAGUUCAGCUUGAGAGAGUUAAUGUUUACUAUAAUGAAGCUAGUGGUGGCCGGUAUGUGCCCAGAGCUGUGUUGAUGGAUCUUGAACCGGGUACUAUGGAUGCCUUGAGGACUGGGCCUUAUGGUCAGAUCUUUCGGCCUGAUAAUUUUGUGUUUGGCCAGAAUGGAGCUGGUAAUAACUGGGCUAAGGGGCAUUAUACUGAAGGAGCUGAGUUGAUUGAUUCUGUUCUCGAUGUUGUGAGGAAAGAAGCUGAGAAUUGUGAUUGCUUGCAGGGUUUCCAAAUCUGUCAUUCUUUGGGAGGUGGAACCGGUUCAGGAAUGGGAACUCUUCUUAUAUCGAAGAUCAGGGAAGAGUAUCCAGACAGAAUGAUGUUAACUUUCUCAGUGUUUCCUUCUCCUAAGGUAUCUGAUACUGUGGUUGAGCCCUAUAAUGCAACCUUGUCGGUUCACCAACUUGUUGAGAAUGCUGAUGAGUGUAUGGUGCUUGACAAUGAAGCGCUCUAUGAUAUCUGCUUCCGAACUCUCAAGCUCACCAAUCCUAGCUUUGGAGAUCUUAACCAUUUGAUUUCUACAACAAUGAGUGGAGUAACAUGUUGCCUUCGCUUCCCUGGUCAACUCAACUCUGAUCUUCGAAAGCUAGCCGUAAAUCUAAUCCCAUUUCCGCGUCUCCACUUCUUUAUGGUAGGAUUCGCACCCCUCACCUCUCGUGGCUCGCAGCAAUACAGGGCCCUAACAAUCCCUGAGCUCACACAACAAAUGUGGGAUGCCAAAAACAUGAUGUGUGCAGCUGACCCUAGGCACGGUAGGUACUUGACUGCUUCAGCUAUGUUCCGAGGCAAAAUGAGUACUAAAGAAGUGGAUGAGCAAAUGAUCAAUGUGCAAAACAAGAACUCAUCUUAUUUUGUUGAGUGGAUUCCUAAUAAUGUUAAAUCAAGUGUAUGUGACAUACCACCAACAGGACUAGCAAUGUCAUCGACAUUUAUGGGAAAUUCGACGUCUAUUCAAGAAAUGUUUAGGCGUGUAUCCGAACAAUUUACUGUCAUGUUUCGGAGAAAGGCGUUUUUGCAUUGGUACACUGGUGAAGGUAUGGAUGAAAUGGAAUUUACCGAGGCUGAAAGUAAUAUGAAUGAUUUGGUAUCCGAAUACCAACAGUAUCAAGACGCUGCUGCGGAUCAUGACGAGGAGGAGGAUGAAGAGGCUGAGGAGAAUUGAAAUGGAGAUUUUGGUGUAAUGUUGAUCAAAUACUAUAUUAUGGUUCCAAGCAAAAGUGUAACUCUUUAUUUGCUCUGGCUGAGUUCAUAUGGUUUUUUCAUGUUUAUUGUUUGAAAAUGGUCAAUAAGGAGGUCAUGUUUAUAAUGUCUAGCCCUCAAAUGACCUUUAUGUUGAACUUUGUGGAAUUCUGAUUAAUUAUUUGUAAUUUGAUUGAUUUUUUGUGUGCAAGUUUUGUAUUUGUAAUCUUGUUGCCAAAUAAAAUCAUAUUCUUAUCCUGCAAAA